AUGGAGCUAGCUAAUUUUGCUAAUCUACUGGUGAGUACACAGAAGCCUAUGAGAAGACAAUUCGCCUGGGCUUUGUGUUGUUCUUGUUGUGAGAAUUGGAUGCUCUGCAGUGAUAUAGGAUUUAUAACACCAUCUGACACCUCCAACCACAAUGACAAGGAUCACAUUAGUGCAUUGCCUGAUGAUGUUCUUCAUACAAUUGUUAACUUGCUGAGUAUGAGAGAUGCGAUACGCACUAGCAAGUUAUCACGAAGGUGGAAGAACAUUUAUGCACACAAGUCAAGACUGGAAUUUGAUUGGCCUAACAUAAUUUCGAAUUACGCAAACACAUAUACUCAUGGAAUGGUUUCCAUUAGGAAUGUGAGAUAUUUCCAAAGAAGCAUAGAAGCAGUCUUGGCUUCACAUUCGGGAACCAAGAUUGAAUCCUUCAAGGUUCAAUGCUGCAUUGGAAACGAGCAUCCUCGUUACUUCAAAGGCUGGAUCAACUUUUCUGUAACCCUUGAGCUUGCCUUCAGUUGUGACGAAUUAUCGGAGCGUACUGAUUGGACAACAAUUGACUGUUAUAACUUUCCUACACAUCUGCUUCUGAUCAGUGGUGAAGGAUCAAAACUGAGGCAUCUCUCCUUGCGUACAUGCAAACUGAGGGCAGAUAAUAUAUUUUGUUGA